CCAUUUCGAAGCGCCUGUAACUUUGUUGUUUACGUUCCACAGCACUGUUUAACCAUGAAGCAGCAGCAGCAGUCCUCCCUCUAUCUAGAAGUUGUGUCCCAGACGGAGGAGCCGUGUUUGCCCCUCCACACCUCCAUCGUGCUGUUCCUCCUCUCCUACUGCGAGUGCGACUCUUUCACUGUGCUUCUGGUCUGUAACAAGUCUGACAGCUGUCAGGCAGCGAGAAGACUUGUUCCCGAGUCUUUAGACGUGUCUGUCAUCGAGGCGGACGAGCUUCCGCAGCUUCUGAGGGGCUGCCGGCUGCCUGUGGUUCUGGAUCGGGCUCAGACUCUCUGCCGGGCCGGACUGGCUGUGGUUCUGCGGCACAUAAUCAAUCAAACCCUGCAGGCUGAGCCCAACAGAAACCACAUGCUGUCACUGCUGGGCUUCAAGAAGACCUGCCUGAAGGCGUGUGCUGAGGUGAGCAAAUGGACCAAACUGUGUGAAAUUGACAUCCCUUCUGCUGUUGAAGAACAUCUGAAAAAUCCCACAAAUGAACACCUGCAGGUGCCUCUGUCCAUCCUCCAAUUAGAGCAGAGGCUGAGAGAGCCUGUCAAAGUCCACAAUGAUGACAAAAUACGGAGACAGAAACUCAGACAACAGAGACUAAAUGAAAAGACAGGACAAGGAAAUAAGGAAUCUGAGUCCCAGUCUGGACACUCAUCAGAGGACAGUGAAGGACUUGAGCUCAGAACUGCUCUGGCAAAACUAGAUUCAGUUCUGAUUUUGACCACCAGGGAGAACUCUGAGAUCAGGAAAGUGAAGACCACAGACCUGCCUCCACUGGAGCAUAUUUUUGCUGAAGGGCUCUACUUCACGUUGACUGAUGUGGUCCUGCUGCCAUGUAUAUAUCACUACCUGAAUUCCAUCCAAAGCCAUGCUGCCAGCACCCUAAACCAGCUUCCCCACCUGUUGCGCUGGUACAGCCAAGUCCAGGAGGUACCUGGGGUCCGUCGGGCUGCUGAGGCUUGCGGGAUGACGCUUUCACGACCUCAGGCUCCUCUUUCCAUCCCCCCAGGAUUGUCAGCAAAGGCUGAUCUCAGCGAACAAGUGGAGCAGGAACAGCUGGAGAUGACCACACAGCUGCCUUUUGUUGGUGGCCCAAGACCAACGAUGACUAAACUUAAAGAAAAUGGCAUUGAGGCACUCUUUGCUCCUCAUCCUUGCCCUGCCUGGACCCUCCCGUGGGACACCUUACCGGCAGCCAUCAACCCCACUGAAGGAAAAAUGUCUGAUAUCCGCACGGUGAGAAAGAGGCAACAGCUAAACAACUUGGUGGCUUUGGUUAUGGAGUUAGCCAGGCCGGGCAACACCAUUGUAGAUUUCUGCAGUGGAACGGGUCAUUUAGGGAUUGUUCUGGCUCACACACUGCCAAACUGCCAGGUCAUCCUCAUCGAAAACAAAGAAGAGUCUUUGCUCAGGGCCCAGAUACGCAGUGCUGAUUUGGGUCUGACAAACAUAGGCUUCAUUCAGGCCAAUCUGGAUUACUUCACCGGACCAUUUCACAUUGGGGUUGCCUUGCACGCUUGUGGCGUUGCAACAGACAUGGUGAUGGAGCAUUGCCUGCAAGCGGGAGCAGCCUUCGUCAUCAGUCCGUGCUGCUACGGCUUCAUGCCUAACGCAGUCAAAUUCACCUUCCCCAGGAGCAAAAGAUUUCAAGAAACACUGACUUCUAAGGAGCACAUGAUCCUGUGCCGCUUUGCAGACCAAACAGCUGUACAGCUUCCUCCUGAAAGGCGACAUAUAGGUAAGCAGUGUAUGGGCCUUGUAGACUUGGACCGCUCAUGGGCAGGAGAGGCUCAUGGGUACUCAGUGCGGGUGAUGACGAUGGAGCCUGAGAGCUGCUCGCCAAAGAACAACAUGUUGGUUGGAUGUCUGCUGCAGAAGAGUGCGCUGGAGGACGGUGUGAACAAAGUAGAAAUACCGGCACGUAAUCAGGACAACGAGGGGCCAUUUACAGCGCAGAAGGUUCAGAUUAGUUAAGGUUUGAUGAUUUUGUCAUGUUAACUAU